AUGUUUAUUGGCAACACAAAUAGUACAGAUGCUAGAAAACGUAGAAACAGCAGUUCGGUGUAUGAAGUUCGUACGAGACGAAAAAGUAAAGAAAAUAUACUGCACAAAAGAAUACAACUAUCUGGUAGACAAUUAAAUUUUGGCAUCGUUAUUGGUGUUUCUCUUACAAUAGUCACAAUUGUACUACAAUGCGUUGCUUUUUUUACGCCGAACUGGAAAGUAGUGUCUCCCAAGACUCAUUCAUUAUAUGUCGAUGGUGUUGAUGCUCUCAUCCGUACUGAAAUAUUGGUAUAUUUCAAUUCUGUGCAUCGUUUUACUCGUCAUUCGUAUGGUUUAUUUCAACGAUGUGAAUAUCAUAUGAAUAAUUCAUCAAAAAUUAUUAAUGAACAAACUGAAGUGUUCCAUGUGAGUGAUAACAAACAACACAAAAAAUGCACGAAAAAUUUUCUACCAUCUUAUGCAAAUGAAAAAUUUGAUAUGUGCCAUAGUUUAUAUUAUUAUCGUUUUUGUUCCCAAAGUAGCGAAACAAAAUUUGAUAUUAAUAAUGAGUAUCUUCGUGCAGGAUUUGAUAUUUCAUCGAACUUAAAACUAAAUAUUGGCUCAAAAUCUCCAUGUAAUUGUAAGUAUCCAGUAUAUGUUAAAGCGUGUCACGUACUUGGAGUAUUGACGUUCAUUAGCCUGUUUUUAACUGCUUUACUGUUUGGUAUAUUUCCAUGUCUUAAAAAUGACCGUCAUCACUUAAAAAUUAAAUGUUUUGGUGUAUUAUCAUCGUUAUUUUCAAUGAUAUUUAUUUUUAUUAAUCUACUUGUGAUAUCAAAUCAUUUAGAAUAUGAAUCCAUCGAAUAUUUUACUGCUAUUGAAAGACAUUACAGAUCAACUCAAAUAUAUAAAUUAUCACAAGAUACAAAAGUAGCUAUCGAGAGAUUUCUAUCAAGUAUUACGAUUGAAACUGGCUACUCAACUGUUAUUGCUUGGAUUGUUUUGUUCUUAUCAAUUGUUGAUGGAAUAUUAUUAAUGAUUACAUGUAAAAUAUCACAUUAUCAGGAUGAUAUAGAAGCUAGUUUUAUCGGUAUUCCUAUGGAUUCACCAACAAUAACUACCAAAGCUGAUAAUGAUGAAUAUAAAACAAUAACAACUCCACUGGCAUCUUCAUCAAAUCCAACUGACUGUCAAGAUAUUGAUGAACCUAUUACUCUUUCUCUUCCAGGUCCUCCUCCUCCUGCUCCUCCCCCUGCUCCUCCUCCCCCUCCUCCUCCUCCAGUAGUACAGUCGACUACAAUUAACAAUACCGAUGAACAAUCGCAAGUACACUCAUACUCUUCGUAUACAGGUCAUAAGCAAUAUCGCUUACCUCGAGUCCACUUUGACGCUGAAGUGUGA